UAAAGUGAUCACGUGCAGUGGUAUGUGGUAGGGGACUGCAGACCAGUCUCUGUAUUGAACGACAACAGUCUCUGUAGGGAACGUGUAAUCACUGUAGGGAACGUCAACAGUCUCUGUAGGGAGCGUACUGAUAAGAUGCACAGUUGCUGUCCUGCUCUUCUCGCAAAGUUGUCUCUCCUCGUCGCAGCAGAAUGUUUUCUUGGCACUUUGUCAUCUUACUAGUCAAACUUCUUCUCUUUCAACUGCUAAUCCAACACGUAAAUUCUACCGAUCAUUCACUCAUUUGGAAAAAGAGACCAACAAUGUGGAAGGCAAACAGUGCGUGCAGACCAAACUGGCAGCAACAUGGAUGGGGCUGCUAUCGUCACGUCGAGGUCAAUCACCCAAUAACCUGGAACGACGCCCAAUGGUUUUGCCUUAACCACGGGGGACAUCUGCCUACGAUAUCUUCCUCCUGGAAGAAAGCUCAUUUCUUCAAAGUUUACAAAGCACACUGCACAUCCAGACAUCAAGUUUACAUGGGAUAUCACAACGUGGGAAAAUGGAUGAACUCCGAAAAAGAAUGGGUAAACUCAGAUUGGCAGUGGGUCGAUGGCGGCAGCUCUAGAUACACCAACUGGCUACAAAACAAAAAAUCUAAGACACUUACGAAGCACGACCAGAUGUGUAGCUCUCUAGUCGUAUCCCUGAAGGGAAAAUGGCAAGCUGUGUCAUGCUGGCUACCACGUAACACUUGCUUGUUGUGCGAAUACGAUCCGUGGUGUCCAGAAGGAUGGACAGUAUUCGACGGCAGUUGUUUCCGACAUUUCAAGAUGUCUAGUAACAUCACUUGGAAUGAAGCCAGCAGAAGCUGUCGAGCCGUAGGAGCAGACUUGGUAUCCAUAACGUCCACACAACGUCAAACCUUUCUGAACAGUAUGGCUAUGAACGGCGGUUGGUACUACAUUGGCUACUCUGACAAGUGGUCACAAGGCGACUGGGCUUGGUCUAGUGGCUCAGACGGCGAGUAUACCAACUGGAAUAACGAGGAAGACAUGCAAAUAUGGAAAAACUGUGCUGCAGCACACGAAGACUGGAAAUGGAAAAGUGUGUCUUGUAACACUACUAACUUGCAAAACUUUGUCUGUGAGAUGAAACUGCCAUGGUAAAUGUAGCUGCUUUCUUGACUUCUCAUUAGCAUGCAUCAACUAUGCUAGGUAUCUUACAUGAAUACUAUAGACCAUGGCAUUUCUAGAUAAGAUGGGUUAUGCCUAUAUAAUGGUGGAUUAUGCCUAACCAUUAGUGCAUGCAUUUCCUGAGUCACAGAUGUUUUGUAGUAUUGCUGUUUCAAAAAAUAAUAAAUCACUAGCUUUGUCAUUGCAA